AUGGCUCAUCAGCGGAAUCUAUCUUUAGGAGAGGGCCUGAAGUCUCCACAUACGGUGAGCUUGAAGGUGCUACGGUUAUCUCGACCGUCCCUCGCACACCAGUACCCGCUUUCAAAUUCUCAAACCUUGGGCAUUUCUCCCACAGCUUCACUUGCAUACCCGUCUGAUACUACAAAUGACAAGUUCAUCAUCAGCUCUGUGCUUAAUCUCCCAGAAGCCUUCGGAAGCGCGUUCGUCGGCGAGACCUUUUCAUGCACACUAUGCGCCAACAAUGAGCUUGAACCGUCUGAUACAACCUGCACUAUCAGCGGCGUGAGGAUACAGGGGGACAUGCAAACCCCCUCAACGCCGAACGGCUUCCCUCUCGAGCUCGCUGGACCCGAGGGGGAGGACGAGACACAAGCAUCUCCAAGCCCUGGGCAGUCGCUGCAAAAGAUACUAACGUUUGAGCUGAAAGAAGAAGGAAACCACGUCCUGGCAGUCACAGUGACGUACACAGAGACAACACUUGCGGGAGAAGGGAAAGCGGCGAGUGGACGGGUAAGGACAUUCCGGAAGCUGUAUCAGUUCGUGGCACAGCAGCUUCUCAGUGUUCGGACGAAAGCAGGGGAGUUGAGUGAGAAAGCGGGACUAUCGAGAUUUGUGCUGGAGGCGCAACUAGAGAAUAUGGGAGAGGCGGCAGUGUCCUUUGAGACCGUCAAUGUCAACGCGAAACCGCCAUUCAAGUCAACAUCCUUAAAUUGGGACAUGCACACACCGGGUACAGGGCCGAUUAAUGCACCGAUACUGAAUCCUCGAGAUGUCAUCCAGGUAGCUUUCCUCCUAGAACAGCAACCUGGCGUCAAGGAGUCAAACGACACUUUAGGGCAAGAGAGCCUGGACACUCGGAAAGUAUUGGGCCAACUAGCGAUUCAAUGGCGCAGCGCGUUGGGAGAUCGAGGGUCUUUAAGCACCGGCUGGCUGACGAGUCGGCCCAAGUGA